AUGGAGGGGGAAGAAGACAGCUCACGGGCUAUUCCUGGGGCUUCACUUGGAGGCCUCCCGACACCGGCCUCCAGGGCCAGUUUUCGCUUGGGGAGCGUCUUCAAUGGGCAGGAAAUUGGGUGGGACGAUGCAAUCGCGACGAGGAGGCGUGAAGAGGUGCGGGAAUGGGAGUCUCUAGGACCUGGCCCGGUGACGGAGGAGCAAGGAACACGGGGAAAGGAGAAGGACCCGGAUUGGAGGCCGGCUCCGGGGGAGGCGGCCGGCACGAGUGGAGGAUCGGGUGAUGAGGGUUGGGGAGGGAGAGGAGCGGGCCAGGCUGGUGGCAGUGGCGCGCGUGGCAGCGGUGCAGCAGCAAAGAGGCCAUGCCCGAGUGGGCCUGUGGGGUCGGGAGCUGGAGGGGCCGGGCCGGCGUCGAAUUCGCAGCCGCAGGGGGCAGCCGCGGGUGGUUCUGAGGGGUCGGGCGCAGCAGGGGCAGGUACCUCCGCCGCUGCGGCAGGUGGUGCACCUUUGGGUGGGUCUACGGGGGCUGGAGCUGCUGCUGUGAUUGCAAGCCAGAGGUCCGACAGGGCGGGCAGGACCCCUAUCGACGAGGAGCUGGACCCAUGGACUGAGGAGUUCAAAGCAUUUGUCCAGAUGCUGAACCCGGGAGCUGCGCUACUGCUCGGCUCACGCCAUCGCUUGGCACGGGACAUGCAGGCAUACGGGGAGGCUGCUCGGGAGGACAUGCGGCAGCUACUGGUGGGUGAUGGCCUGGCGGGAAGGAUGUCCCUCACCUUUGACAUCUGGACCGGUGAGAACAACGUGGCCUUCAUGGGGGUGACUGCCCACUAUGUCACCAGCGAUUUCCAGCUAAAACAGGCUGUUAUAGACUUCAGGGAGCUUAAGGGCUCUCAUACGGGGGACUUGAUAGCCGAUGAGCUGGAGGAGGUGUUGAGGGAGUGGGGCUUGGAGAAGAUGCUGUUCGCCGUGACGUGUGACAACGCCGAGAACAACAGCAGGGCGAUGCGUCUGCUGGCCGGUGUACCUGACGCCAGGCCGGGCUCACGGCCCAGGCACCCACCACUGCUCAGUCGCUGGAGGCACUUCAGGUGCAUGGCGCACGUCGUCAACCUUGCAGUGCAAGCUGCACUGAAGGUUGACGAGGUGGCCGAGCCACUCAAGAGGCUGCGAGACGUGGCGAACUACAUCGGCUGGUCCACACUGCGCACAGAUCGUUUCUUCGAGCUCCAAAAGGGAUACGCGGCGACCCGGCCCCAGGGUCCUCCCGGUUCUCGGCGACCAUCGGGUCCGUUGCGUUUGAUCGUGGACUGCGUGACGAGAUGGGGUUCUACACUCCACAUGGUGAACAGGGGCUUCGAGCUGCGCAUGCCCAUUGCCAUGUUUUUCGACGAUUCAGAUUACAACGCGCUGAUUGAUCUGCAGGAGAAGGCACAGCGCACUCCUGGCAUCUCCCCUCUGCGCUCAUCGCUGAUCACUGCUGCUCUGAGCAAGCUGGAGCGACACAUGGGGGGUGUGAGCGAGGAGGCAGCGAUAGCCACUUUCUUGGACCCGCGCCAGAAGCUCGCGCCCUUCAAGCACCGAGCCAGGGCAGCAGAGGGGAAUUCGAGAGGGACAACACUGGAGCUAGGACCUGAUAGGGUGAAGGCCCUGGUACGAGCGCGCCUUCUAGAGUACCAGGCAGCCAGCACCACGGCGCUGCGAGAUGGUGGGGAGGUGACUAGUGCGAGGGGUGCAGGGGUGCAUGCGUCGGCAGGGGGUGGGGCUGUGGAUGCAUCGGCAAAUGUCAGCAUCCAAUAA